AUGAGUAUUGAUACCCCUACUAACAGCUUCUUGUCCCAUUCAGAUAGUCUUGCUGUUCACUGGAACUACUUUGAUGACGAGUCUGGCAUUGAAUCCUUCCAGUUGGCCAUCUACGAGAUUCGACAUGGGAACAAACGCAAGAUCUUCCCUAUGGAUCCAAACCCCAGGAGCUUUGAGUUGAUCUCUGAUAUCACAGCUCGGUCCCAUGUCCAAAGUGGUCUGACACUGCGUCCUGGAGCUCUCUACGUGACACAAGUCAAAGCCAAGAAUCAAGCCAAGCUGGUUGCUUCUCAUGAAACCAGUGGCAUCAUGGUGGAUCCCAGCCCUCCUGUGAUGAGAUACAUCUACGGUGGCAACCUUGACGGGGAGGCUGAAGAAAUCUUCAGUGGCUACUUGUACCAGAACAGUCGCUCCACAAUCCAGGCAUCCUGGCUGGCUGCAGAUGGUCAGAGUGGUAUCAAGAACUACUGGGUAACAGUUGGAACAGCACCAUGUGACUCACUNGACCCAUCCACCUGCAGUGAUGAGGCAUUCACCGAGGGUUGCCGGCCAGUCUACUAUGUGUGCGUCAAGAGUGAGAAUGGAGCGGGGGCUUUCAGUGAUGUCAUCUGCUCCUCACCAAUCAGGGUGGUGGACAAGGAUCAGGCAGGUUAUGUCACUGAUGGUCCAAGCAUACUACAGGAUAUAGAUGCACAGAAAGAGAAGACAACUGUGACUAUAUGGUUUGAUGAGUUCGAGAGCUCCCUGCACGGUAUUUCACACUACGAAUGGGCAGUGGGUACAACUCCUGGUGGUGAGGACAUCCAACCUUUGACCUCUGCUGGCAUCGUGCCAGGCAAUGAUAAAGACAUACGUGGAUUAGCAGGCAGGGGCAAGGCCCAGUCACCUCUUCCCCUCCAGCAUGGCGUGACCUACUAUAGCACACUGCGAGCCAUCACCAAUGGAGACAACGUCUUGGAGGCCACGUCCAACGGCUUCACGGUGGACAUCACUCCACCGGAGAUUGUGAUCACCGGCUUAGGCCAGUAUGAUGCAAGGGUCAAUCUAAGCUUAGACGGUGGAGUCAAUCUUUACCAGUCCAACACAGACUCUGUUGAUGCCAUGUGGGAUGUUCAAGAUGGAGAGAGUGAUGUCACUGCUACAUACUUCUACAUGGGGCAGUACCCAGGGAGUGACAAUGUCUACCCCAUUACAUCAACAGAUAGAUCCUACAUUCCAUCAGCACUUGUGAGGCCUGCCCCAAUAGGUAUCCCCAACAUUUUGAGUGUUCAAGCAGUCAACAGUGUUGGGUCCAGGAGAACUGUGCACAGCACAGGUUUGACUGUGGAUAACACCCCACCUAGUGGUGGUCAGGUCCAGUGUCCUGCCUUCAUCCAUGCUGACAGCAUUCUCUUGUGUAGCUGGACUGGCUUCCUCGAUGCUGAGUCUGGUAUCGAUCACUACAGUUUUCUCGUUGGGACAGCCCAGGGCCUGAGCGAUGCAUAUCAGUCUGGUACCUUGCCUGGAUACCUCACUCGCUACAGUGUCAGAGAUAUGAAUUUGGCUCACAACCAAGUCUACUAUGCCACUGUGGAGGCUUUCAAUGCUAUCAACCAAAGCACUAUGGCAUUCUCUGCCCCAAUCAAGAUCGAUGAUACUCCUCCGUCAUAUGGCCUGGUGGUAGAGCUGCCUGGAAUACACACCUUCAAUUUCAGUGAUCCGAUGAGUCUGCCAGAAUUGGACUGUACUAACCAAGAGGAAUGCUUACUCCUGGACGGAGAGUGUCUGGAAUCACUCACUCAGCUGCAGAUCCUGUGGCAGCCAUUCACUGACGGAGACACCCAAAUCACUAAGUAUGAGGUUGCCCUGGGCACCACACCUGGGGGUUCUCAGGUCAAACCCUUCUAUGAAGUGUCCAAGGAUCAGACAUCAGAGCUCAUCACUAACAUUGAUCUGAGUGAUAUCCGUAAGGUCUAUGCCACAGUUAGAGGCUACAAUGAAGCCGGUCUGACCAGCACUGCUGUGUCCAAUGGCAUUUUUGUCAGCCGGUUCAGUGCCGGCCUUCAACCUCUCCGACCCUUCCAGGUCAAAGAUGGAGUCAGCGACAACGAACUUGGUGACAUGGACUUCCAAACAUCACUCCAUGAGAUGAGUGCAGCAUGGGACUUCAGCGGGGACCCCUGUCCUAUCACGAAGUAUGAGUGGGCCAUCUAUAGAGUUGACAACCAGGAGAUUCAGCCAUUCACCAAUGUUCAAGACCAAACUUCAGACACCAACACAGAUGUUGAAAUGACAGAUGGUGAGACCUACUACAGCAUUGUGCGGGCUACCAACGCCCUUGGCCUGGCCAUCACUGUCCGAUCUGAUGGAAUCACUGUGAAGCGAGAACCCUUGAUACCUGGGCAGGUGUAUGAUGGCCUCCUGGUGGGCUUUGAUCUGACUUACCAGAAGGAGACGGAUACCAUAUCAGCAAGCUGGAGGGGGUUUGGACAGGGAAUGCCAGUUAAAGAAACUGUUCAUCACACAGGAAAUGCUGAAAUCGCCAGAGACCUCUUCUCGGAGCAAAGUAUUGAUUACUACGAGGCAGCGGUCGGUACUGACCCUCGCUACCCUAAGACCAGAGACAAUGUAGUGCCCUUCACUCACGUUGGCUUAAACACCACAGUCACCUUCACUAACCUGGACCUGACAGUACAAGACUCAACUUACUACGUGACAGUUAGGGCAUACAGUGUGAACUUUGCCACAGCUGAGGUGACAUCCACAGGGAUCAGUGUUGGGAUAGGCAGCACAGUCCAUGGAACUGAGGUAGAAGUGCCCAAGUAUGUGAACUCGGUCUCAGAGGUCCAAAUCAUGUGGGGAGAAUAUGAAUCCACACUCCCCAUCCUGUUCUACUACGCCGGCCUGGGUGAACCCUCCCCGUCCUCCAUCCCACCUGAAGACAUGGACUGCCUGGAUAUGCUGUUGGGGACCAAGGAGGCCCAGGCAACCUUCAGCAAGAGGCAAAUGCGCUUUGUUGGCAAAGACACCUAUGUAGAUAUCAGAAGCCUGAGUCUGACCCAGGAAGACUCCUACUAUGUGACUGUUGUGGGAGUGAAUGAAGGGGGAGAGUGUAAUUCAUCUACCAGUUAUUUCACAGUUGAUGUCACACCUCCUCUUGAGGGUCGACUGCGUGGAGGACCUUUCUAUGACAUGGCAGCAGCAUACACCGACAGCACCGAUUCAGUCUCUGUUGCCUGGGAGGGCUACAGGGAUGAUGAAAGUGGAAUCAAGUCCUUCAACCUCCGCCUGAUGCAGGCUGCAUCGUGUGACAUCGACGAUGACAACAACCUGACUCCGCUACCCAACCAAGACUGGCUGGUACUCAGCCCAGACACCAGAGAUUUUACAUUUGUGGCCCUAAGCCUUGCGACAAACCAGCCCUACUAUGCUCAAAUGUCGGCUGUUAACAACGCUGGAGGCAGUAUCCAGUCCCAAUUCGGACCCAUCUUUGUCGACUCUUCAGAACCGACAGCUGGAAUGGUGGUCGAUGGAAUGGAUUUCAUGAUGGACGUAAAAAACAGCAAGGAUCGAAAUCAAGUUUCUGGAACAAUCCUUCAUUUGCCCAACCCAGUGGGUCCAUCUUGUCCAAUGAAGGACAUUCCCUUCACGGAUCCACAUUGGUCAGCGAUGGAUUUCAAAGGACUGUUGAAUAUGAAAAGAGACAAGUGGGACUUGGAAUACAAAAUGCAGCAGGUAUCUGCAUCCAAUGAGAGUUUGACACUUAAGAUGGAGCGGGACACAAGAGGGCCUCGCAUGCUCUCUGGGGCCUAUGUCACCAAUGCACAGAUUGUCAGGAGCUCUGAGUAUGAGUUUGAUUUGAAGGCAGCACCGCCUGACCUGCACAGCGUGACUAGCAUUCUAUUCUGGGAUGGCCCGGAUGGAACCAUCGGGGAUUUUGACUUUGGUGGACGGGAGAACUGGCAAGAAGGAAUCUGUCAGUGCUGCUAUCAACGACCCUUUAAUCAAUCCAUGUGCCCUCAAUGUGACUGUCAGGACUUCUUAGGAAUACUUGAUUCAUCUGAAGACAACUCAAUGUAUGCAAGUACCACCAACAUGCCACCUGUGACCACAGCUAGUGAGUUCACAUCCAGUGGUAUACAUGAACAGCCUGAAGUGACCAGUAGUGCCUCACUGACCACUUUGACCUCCAGACCAUGGGCCAUCCGUAGACAAAAUGAAGAUGGGGACAGCGUGUCCAAUGAUGAGAAUGCUGGAUUGAUUACACAGAGAGCAUGCGGCUUCCAACUCUAUCCAAAUGGCAGUGCAUCUCAAGCUGUAAUGUGGUGUCGUUACUUCAAGGAUGGUCAGCGAAUGUCCUCUCAGCCUGUAGAUCUAGACUUUGAUCCGUCAGUAGAGGAGCGUCAUUACGCAGUCAGCUUUAGAAGCACACCAUUUGAUGCACAUGAGGAUGAAUGGUCCUUUGAUGUCCUCAUUGAUGGUAAGCUGCUGGCCUCACUGACUGGCAUACCAGUCAUGUCCUCAUCUACCAAGCUCAUUCUCCAUGUCUUCAAUCGAGACAGCUACAUUGCUGAUCUGCAAGACCCAUUCAAUCCGCCAGUUGUCACAGCAACACUCAGGAACUUCAAGAUGCCACCUGAGCAGAGCAAGCUGUGUCGUUAUGGGGCACCAUUCAGGGCUGGCACCAAUCCCGUCUCCCGUUACUUUGCCGGUGUUGGCUCAGAAGCAGGAGCUACUGAUAUCGUACCUUUCAAGGAGAUCGCGAGGCCCUGUGUCCCUUGCAUCCAUCCCUGUGAUCGUUAUCAGUGCGAUCCCUCGUGUUCUGUAGAUGCCGUUCCCAUCACAUUCACCCUCACCAACCUGACCCUGCCCAGACUGGAAAUCUUGAAUGUAACAGUUGAUGAUGACACUAAUGCAACAGUGGCAACUUCACAAAAAGAUGGAGGAUCGCUCCCAUUCUUUCUGACAGUGAAAUUUGUCCUUGGAAAUGGGAAAUUGGUGUCAGCAUCCUCCAACGGCUUCUACGUGGAUGAAACCCCAGCAGAACUGGAUGUGUUCUUUUAUGUAGAUCUCAAUGUUAGCCGGUACAAGCCGACGUGGUACCAGUCGUCAGAGUCUACCAUUAGUUGUCUGUGGAGCUUCAUUGACAUGGAGAGCUUGGUCAAGGAGCAUUACUGGGCCAUAGGAACCUCCAGAGGGGCCAGAGACCUGCAAGACUUUGUCAACGUUGGGUUGAACCAGACAGCUACCAACAGUGAUCUGAAGGGAUUACUGCACCACAACACAACGUACUAUGUGACCCUGAAGGCUGUCAAUGGAGCAGGCUUGGAAACAAUAGUAGAGUGUGAUGGAGUCACGGUUCUGCUGGAAGAGCCCACUGCAGAUGAUGUCAACACCAACACCAUGUUUAGUGAGAAGUUUGAGGAGGAGGUGUACCCACCUGAUGUGGAGAAAAGUGAGGACCCAACCAAGACUGGGACCUCCUGGUCCAAACCAGGGGAUGAGUCCAUCAUUAGCUAUGAGUACUGUGUGAGCAGUUCAGCUGAGCUUCUCGAUGAUGUUGUUCCCUGCAUGGUGGUUGGGGGCAACUCCUCUGGUUCCGUGGCCAUUGAGAAUGGAAAGAUCGUAGUCCAAGCCGGUGACAGGGAGGAGAGGUUCAACAUCACCGACUUCCAGAUUCCAAAGGAGUCCACUCACCAGGUGAAGACAGGUGCAAAAUUCAACAUGGAGCCUGGCAAAUGUCUACAUACCUCAAUGAGGAUGUGCAAUGCAGCUCAGUUGUGUAAGAUUGUGCCAUCAGGAACUACUAUGGUGUUAGGGAAGAGUGAUCAGGUGUUGACAUCACACAGUGGUACAGACCUCAUCCUGAUGUCAACAACAGUUCAUAGAAGAAAGAAGAGAGCAACAGACAACCACUUUGAUGUCACUGUGGCUACCACGGGAGGUCUGCACGUGGGUGGUUCUCUCAUCCUAGGCUUGCUGGAUGUGAAUAGAACCAAUCAGGAAUUCACAUCAGAUGCUUCCCCUGAUUAUAAACCUUACAUCACCAAUCCCCUGUAUACCAUCCAAUACACAUCAAGACUGCUCAGGCAAAGGAUACGCUUUGUGUAUGAGCCAACAUUCUACAUCUCCAGUCUUGGUCAGAUUGAGCUCCAAGGGCCACUGGUGAUCAGUCUGACUCUCAGAACCCUAGGGAACUGGACAGAGGCAAAGCCUAGACUUAUCUACUGGGACACAGACCACUCUGAAUGGCGUGAUGCAGCCAAGACAUGCAGUGAUGUAGAUCGUAUCACGUAUCUCAAUGGUGGAAACCAAGUCAACGUGGAGGUUUGCUCUACCCGGGCUCCAGCCUCAUCACCCUCAGCGGCAGGUCGUAAGCGGCGGGCUGUGCAAGAGGAACCUGUACCAACCAGCCCCACUAGGUCUUACUUCAGCCAUGAGACCCAGUUUGCCUUGGCUGUGGUCCUUGAUACCAUCCCUAACAGCCCUCCAGUGAUCACAAACUUCAUUGAGAAGAUGAUCAUGAAUGAAGAUGAAGGUACUUUGGUGUAUACAUUCCAGGCCAUUGAUGCUGAAGAUGACGUCUUAGUCUUUGAACUUGGCAGCAACGAGGACUUACAGGGCACUGCAACGAUUACUGAGGAUGGUGAAUUCAGCUACACACCCUGUGCAGAUUGCUAUGGCAUUUUCAAUGUCCAUGUCACUGUAAGAGAGUUGCAGAUCUUCACUGAGAGAGAGUUCCUGUCAACCGGCGUUGAUAUCACCAUUGAAGUUCAACCAGUUAACGAUAACCCUGUGCUGUACAGUGCACAGAACAGCCAAGUUGUUGGCAAUGGACGCAUUGCAUUGGUAAAUUAA